GUCUGGUUGCAGCACCGAACAGUUCUGUGGGUAGUAGCCUACUGUAGCGGUGCAAUGCUAUGCAGUGGGUGGCUUUCAGUGACACUUAACAUGGAGGAAUAACAGGUAGCCUACCUGCUGUCGAGGGAACAACACAACGCAUUCGGAAUUGUGGCUGCAUCUUCAAUCCGUUGCGUAUUUUUAAACCUAUUUGCAGUCAGAAUCGAUAAUUUCUUACAUGCUCUUGCACAUUUUUGGAGACGAAAACACGAGACUUAUUUUCAGCGGAAUAACAGACUCUCGAAUUAACCUGCUGUGCAGUGCUGGGGUGCUAAUUAAGCAAUGAAAUUUGUACUGACAAAGAUAUUUGUUCCUGUGUUCACGCGUGUGCCAAAUGAUUCCUAGAAGCAAAGAAGUCUAACCACCCUGGACUAGAACGUCAUUUUCAUUUCAUAGAAGAAACAAAGAGCAAGAGAAAACAUGAAGCAUUUCCUGAGGGCACUGACCCAGUUCUUUGGGUUCCUGUAUUGCAAAUGUCUGUGGCGGACCCUGAAAUUUGUGACCCGGAAGGUCACAGGGCGAUGUGAGCUACAACGGAUCUGCUACAGCAGCAAACCAGGAGCCCGCAGGACCCUUAAGAUCGAAUCCUCUCUCAAAUUCUCCAAGAGUAAGCUCUUGCAGUCUGCAGUGAGUGUUCAUCCCGAUUGUGUGGAAAAGGUCAUCGAUGACAUUAUGACCCUGAAGAAGAUCAAGUCUGACACAAACCCACAGCUUGGUGUAUCUCUCCAGGCCAGUCUUCUUCAGAUUGCGGGCUACAGGAGUCUUCUUGGGGAGGUGGAGAAACUGAGAAGAGAGCCGUAUGACUCUGAGAACCCUGAGCAUGAAGACAUGUUGCUGAAGCUGUGGAAGACACUACGCCCUGAUGCCCCUCUGACUGGGCGCAUAACUAAACAGUGGUGUGAAAUUGGUUUCCAAGGCAGCAAUCCCAGGACUGACUUCAGAGGCAUGGGACUGCUGGGCCUACAGAACCUGCUAUAUUUUGCAGAACAUGACAAAUCCGCAGCCCUGCAGAUGCUCCAGGACUCUCUUCAACCGAGGCACAGCAACAUGAGCAAGGCAGAGUGGGAGAAGACGACGUUGGACAAAGCGAUAGGGUAUUCCUUUGCCAUCGUUGGCAUCAACAUCACAGACCUGGUGUUCUCUCUGCUGGCUAGCGGGGCCUUGAAGACCCACCUGUACAACGUUGCCCCAGAGACGCCUAGUCUCACGCACUUUCAGCAGACUUUCUGUUACCUCAUGCAGGAGUUCCACAAGUUCUGGGUGGAACAGGACCCCUGUGACAUCAUGGAGUUCAACCGCAUCCGCAACACAUUCCACAAAAAGGUCCUGAAGCAGCUGAACAAUCCCAACAUGACCUUAUGUCCCCACUUUGCCGCUUCUGACCUUCUCCUGGUCAACCUGUAGUCACCUCUGACUCCUGGUCUCUCCUCGCUUGCCAGCUGUAUAACAUCACUGCCAAAUAUUCUCCCCUAUCCCACAUACCAUCUCACUCAUAUUACCAUCACCGCCAUGCUCACAGUCCACAGUGCCAGCAGCACCACUGACGACCAGGCUGGUUGUAUGCAUGACACUGCUGAAACACUGAAAUCAGAAGGGCCAAUCGUAUAGUAUAUUCAUCAGUCAGUAGAGCCAAUCACACAGCACAGCCAGUCUUGGUCAACCAAACUACAUGCUACAAGCCAUUCAAGCUUUUUAUUGUCCUACAAGAGGAUAGCCGUCGUUUGUUAAUGCAUUACAAAACAAUGUUAUCUAAUAUUUGUAUGCAUUGAUUUAUCUUUAUACUGUAUAUUACUGGUGAUAAUUGAGAGAAGGGAUAAGUAGUAUUUUCCAGUGGUAAAAUAUGUAAUAUUUUUAAUGAAUGUACUGAAAAAUCUAUGAUUGUUUAUGUCUUAUGGGAAAUUGUCUAAGGUUUUUUGUUUUAAUUGCCAAAACAAUAAUUCCAGGGUUUGUCUGGUCAUUGUGAUUAUCAGUGCACAUGUAAAUGCUGUUUCUUGCCUUUGGUAUGAAAUUGUACCUGGACAUUGGUGGUCACAUUUCAUAGUUGUGAUGUGAAGGAAUGGCCAUCAUCACUGGCACCAUUUCUUUGCACCAUACUAAGUGUUUGUGCUGAGUCAUUAUUUCAAGACAGUUUUUCUUAUUGUACAACUUUCUUCUUACAUUCACUGGGCAUUUUAUUAUAUUUGCAUGUUUUUCUUUCUUAUAUCUUUAUUUGUGUACAAGCUUCUGGUGUUUGGAAAAUAUGAAUAUGUGAGUUUUAUUGGACUUAAGUUGAUCUAUAGCUAUUGAAUUCUUGGUGAUAACAAUCAAACCAUGGCUGUAUUGCGCACUCAAUUUCUAUGUCAUACAUAGCACUAUGUUUUAGGAAAGCAAUGUAGAAGCUAACACUUUGCUGGAAUGUAUCAUUGUGUGUAAAAUGCUGAUUGGGUGUGACAUAAGUGCAUUAAGGGCCUUGCUUCUUCUUAGCAGUGUUGUACAGUGAUACUCCAGUAUAAACAUCAGUCUGUUUAUAAAAAUGUUAGUCUAUGUACAUCUGGUAUAAAUCAUUGUGUUUUUGUACAUUAGCAAAUAGUUUGAUCAAAGCAUUGUUCCUUAAAUGUGCAAUAACAAUAUUGAUUUUUGUAGUUUGAACACCUUUAUAAUAUGGCUCUUGUAUUAUAAAUUGUAUAUAUUGCAAUCUAUGACAACACCUUGUUUGCUUUUCCUGGAUGUAUGUAAACAAGAUGUACUCUAUGUGCAUUUGCUUGUGUAAUGUCCUCUAGAAACUCUACGGUGAGAAACGAUGCUUGUAAUUUAUACAAAAUGUAUAAUAUAAUAAAAGAUUUUACUAAA